GUUUUCAGCCAAGCGUUUUUAGUUGUCGCAAAGACAUCGCGCGAGUCCGUCGUCUAGAAAACCGUCGGGGGCACAAAAAACACCGUAAAAAAAACCGGAAAAAACCCCCGCCAUUUUUUAUGCCGGUUUUUCCCAACACUAUUAGUGGCGCGUGUGUGUCUAUCCUUUUUUUGACUGUGGCUUUUUGAGUGAUGUGCGUGCUAGUGUUGUUUGUUUUUGUUUGUGAAGAUGCCACCAGUAGGACAUCCGGACGAAGUUAUGUAUAAUGUUGACAGAAUUACAUUUAUUAUAUUAUUUAUAUUUAAAUGUACUUAGUGCAAUAGUUGAUUAUAUGUAAAUUAUUGAUUAAAUCAAAAGGAAAAUAUAAAUUAUUAAAAAAAUCAAGUUGUUAAACGGGUUCAGUGUAAUAAAUUGUUUAUCAUUAAAAUAAUUUAGAUACAAUACGAUUAAAUAAUUUAAAUAUUUUUUUUAUAAGUUUUCAAAAUCGGUUAUUUGUAAAUAAAUAAAUAUUGUGAAUUACAAACUUAAAAAAGACUAAAUAAUUUAACAGAAAAGUGUAAAGUUGAUAUAAAAGUGACAAAAAUGACAAGAUGAUCAACCAUUCACACUCCAACACAAGUGAACUUGAAAAUAUGUCACUCACAUUAUUAACAGAGAAGUGAUACUAGUUGAUGUAAAAGUGAAUGUUUAUUUGCGAAGUGUUUCAAAGUGCGAGUGAGAACAUGCGGUAUUUAUGAGUGACUGUUGCGAACAGAGCUGUGGGAUGUACACCACGUGGUACAGCCGCGGGGAGGGGGGGAUGCACCACCACCAAAUGGGUCAACUAUACCACGGACCCCCUAUGAUAAAGACUGAAGCUGGUGUCAAUAGUGACUGUAUGAUGGCUGUGGACUAUGCACCCCCGAUUAAGAAGGCGGGCGCAUCAUCAGCGUUCGUGUGGAGCGGCGGGGGAGUGACAGGGGGCGGGGGACAGGAGCAGGCGGCCGCGCAGCCCGCCGCCGUGCCUUCUGGUACAUCAGGCGGCGGCGGGGCGCAGGGCCUAGUCCACUGGAUGUCGGUGAUGGCGGAGCACAUGGGAGGGGGGCACCACGACCCCUCCCACUACGCGCUCCCACCCUGGAACAAUGGGGUCGUCGAUGCCAAGAUGAGCACAGGCGAUGGCACCGUGGGCGGGCACCAGAAGGUGGAUGACCGGCUGCACCACCAGUCCAUGAGCCAGAUGCUGUACGGAUCCGGGCUAGGACCAGGUCGGUCGGGGUCGUCAUCCUCGUCUCCAGUGGGCGGCACCAACACCGCCAGCGGGCUGCUGGUGGUGCCGCAGCCGCUGGGCAAAGGCCCCACCAAGCUACAGCCUCUGCAUGCUCACGCGAGGAAGUACCACUGCAAGAUGUGUCCUCAGGUGUUCGGCUCCAAAGCGGACCUCCAGCUGCACACGCAGAUCCACCUGCGCGAAGCGAAGCCCUACCGCUGCACCCAGUGCCCGAAGGCCUUCGCCAACUCCUCAUACCUAGCGCAGCAUUCGCGCAUCCACCUCGGCAUCAAACCGUACCGCUGCGAGAUCUGCCAGCGCAAGUUCACCCAACUGUCUCACCUGCAGCAGCACAUCCGCACCCACACGGGUGACAAACCCUAUCGAUGCACCCAGAUAGGGUGCACCAAAGCGUUCUCCCAGCUGUCCAACUUGCAGAGCCACAGCCGCUGCCACCAGACCGACAAACCCUUCAAAUGCAACUCCUGCUACAAAUGCUUCACGCACGAGAAAGACCUCCUCGAACACAUUCCGAAACACAAAGAAUCCAAGCAUUUGAAGACCCACAUCUGCCAGUACUGCGGCAAGAGUUACACCCAGGAGACGUACUUAAGUAAACACAUGAACAAACACGCUGAAAGAGCUGACAAGAGGCCGCCGAUCUCCGCGUUAGGACUGAGCGGGCUCAACAGGUCCUUAGGAGCAGCCGCGCCCACUGCGGCCCCUUUCGCGGAUCACCCAUAUUGGCCUAAAGUUAGUCCGGAUUCCGCCGCGCACAUGUCUGAUGAAGGCGGGUAUCAUCAGCAGAGGGAGAGCGACGAUCACCAUGAGCAUCAACUGCAGCAGCAAAGGGCGCUGUUCGCUCAACACGAGAGUCAGGAAGACCGCAUCCAGCCGCCGGUGUCGUCGGCUGCGAAUUCCGCUUUCACGCCGAUAAACUCCAUGGCGCCUCAUCUCAACGGUCUCUCGCAUCACAGCGCUCUGCCCACGCGGCCGUAUCUCUACGACCCGUUGCACUUCCAGCAAGGGAAGCAGCAGCCUAACUCCUUCCCCAAUCAGCUGAUAUCGCUCCACCAAAUCCGGAACUACGCGCACCAGCCGUCCGCCCUGUUGCCUGCCGAGCACAUCCUCCCCCAUUCCCUCUCUCACAAAGACAAGCAGUAACCCCCUUGCCGUUUCCUGUAGGUGCACUUACUUUAGAACUUAUGAUGGUAUUAUUAGUCUAUAAAGAAAAAGUAACGAAAAUUAUUAAAAUUUAGAAUCUCGCUCUCCAAGACAGAUUUCGGUGGUAUUAAAUAUAUAUGUAUGAAAUACUAAAUUCGUUUAUCAUUUAGUGAUGCGAAAUUCAAGUUUUUAGACUUAUAUCGAUAUUCUGUAUAAAAAUUCUGAAUUUUGUGAGUAGAUAUGUAAACAAAUAUAUUGGGUAUGAAAUGUGAUUUCAGGUGUUGUGAGGAUAUUAUGUUUUGAAUUUAUCGCUUAUAGAUUAGUUUUCAUUAAAGCUCAGUUAUCGCCGAUAGCAGAAUGUAAUUAAUUUCUAAAUUAAUCUUAUUUUACUAAAUUAUUGAUUUGUAAUCAAUUACUUUUAUUGUAUAUAUUUACAUUUUGAAAAUAUGUUUCACUGCGGCCUUUAAGAAGACUAAUCUUUAAAAUGGAAUGACAAAACAAUAAAAUCAGAAGUUCGCUCCGGAAAUUUAUGAGAAAAAUUAUAAUACAAAUGCAUAAUAAUCAAAAGCUUUACAGGCAUUUCUAGGCAUAAUAAUACUCCUCUAUACGUCAUUUAAUUUUUCUGUAAAUUUUAUCACAUUUUUAACUCUGCAAAUAAUAAUAAAUAUUAAUAAAUUAUUAAUUGUAAAAAGGAUAUUAUAAUGAUUUAAAAGACACAUUUAAUAGAAAUAAUAGUUUCAAUGACGUACCAACCAUAAUGAAUAUAAUAUUGUUUUAAAACCUGAAAUAUGCAAUAUAUUAUGUGUUGAUUGAUAUAAUAAAACAGAGUUCCUGAUUGAUCCAUGAGUUACAAUAUCGAUAGAAUAUAAAAUUUUUCUUUUGAUUUGAUUUUUCUAUUGUCUGUUGCAUUUUUAUCGUAUACGUUAAGAAGUACUAAACAUGACAGAUCUCUUAAACCAUCACAUUUGCACUCAGUUCCUACUUAGAUCGAUUAAAAUCUUAUUUAGCUUUACUUUUCAUUGUCUAUUAUUCUACGACCCUUAGUUAACGGAUUAGAAAAUGUGGUCUUCCUUCAGAUUUGUACAUUAUUGGUAAUUUGGUAUAUUAUUGAAUGUAAAAUGAUUGACUAUUGACAAAAGUCAGGGUGUUAUUUGUCGUAUUAUAUAAAUAAUUUCGAUGUUAAUAUUAAAGGUUGUAUUGUAAUUUGUUGAUAUGAUAAAUUUAAACAAACUAUUAUGUUUAUUUUACCGUAUGCAGAUUAAUUCUAAUUAAAAAAUCAGCCUAAUUAGCUACUACUUAAUUAUCUUUUAAUUGUAUCCUUUUGUAUUUAUUUGAACAUUUAAAUAUACGUCAAUCUUGAAGGCUGAAUACAUUUUCUAUUUGUACUUGUACAAUACGUUUUAUGUAAUGUAAAAAUAUCGACGGGUGGCCAAAAUCGCUUUUUCUCAUCUAUCGAUAUCGAUGAAAACGCACUUUUGUAAAUAUUUUGUAAAUACUGAUACACGUUUUUUGAGAAACAUUGAAAUUUAUUGAAAAUAUUUUUUUUCUUUUAAGUCUAAAAUGCUUAUGCUCAAUUAUAUUAGACGUAAGAUGUCAUUUGGUAAUGGAUACAUCGCAGAUACGUCGCGGUGACACUAAAAUUUAAUUAAAAUUUCGUGACACUCACGUGUAAAUUGUUGGCAAUAGUCAACCUGCGUCAAGUUGUGGAUUGUACUUAACAGUUGAUAUUUUUUCAUUGUCAAAUUUUAUCGAUAAUGAAAAUUAGACAAUUGGUUGGAAAGGACAUCACUUGAUCGUAUUAUUUAUUGGAGGGUUUACUUAGCAAUAUAAUUGCAUCACAUUUAUUAUAUACUUUCACAUUUUACUGUCUCAAAAUUGCAACGUUCUUCCAUUUUUGAUAUUAUGUUUUAAAAAUCAAUUGUCUAAUGAUUCCAAAGGGUCUAAUAUAAACUUUUACUGUAUACAUGGUGUAAAUGGAUUUUUGUCACAGAUUUUUUUCGACAUGCACUUCACACGAACAUAAAAUGAUUAUACCUGCCCUACACAAUCUUUUAUCGGUCGAUCAAAAUAUACAAGAGUCAACGUAACACUGGUAUCUUGUCCAUCCAUUAAACUAUAUCUAAUACGUCUUAAUCAUAUUGACAACCUAAUUUGUAGGCUGCCCUUUGUGGACGGUACUGUUGUUUUACGCCUUAAAACGUUGUUGUGCGUUUAAAGCUUUUGCAUAAAGUUUUUCUAAAUACCGUUCAACGUUGAGAAUUAAAUGAAAUGUAAUAUUUUCUUUUACUCAAGUUAUGUUAGACAAGGGACAAAUAUAUUACGUCAGAUUAAAUCGUCGUUUAUUAAAAAAUAUUUAUGAAUAACUAUUGUUAGAGCCUAACGACGGAUACAGUAAGGUUUAUUUUAUAUUUUACAAUAUAUUGUUUGUCCUGACAAAGAUUGUAUAACAAAUAAAACUCCACUCACAGUCACAAUACACAGUUCACAAUAAAAAAUCAUCGAUUUUGAAAAUGGCAUGCACUUUCACAUCACUAAAAGUUGAUAUUAGACCGAAAAUAAAUGAAUUAGUAUAAUUUUUGAAGUAUACGAAAAUAUUGUUGAAUUUGUUUUCUUUCGAAAAAUUGCAUAAUAGGUAUUAUGUAAUAUUUUACAAAAAUGUGAUAGGAGGCGGAGUAUGGGGAGAGGUGUAUUUUUCGAAAAUCUUUCGUCUAAAAAGUUGAUUUGCUAUUGAUCUUUUUUUUUAUUAGGUUAUGAAUUUUUAGGUUGUGGUUAUUUGUGAUCAGGACUAAGUCCCUUGGGGACUAGUGGUCUAAGAGCAAGUGGACUGUUUUUUCAGAGUGUUAAUACAGUGCAAAAUUAAUUUCCUAAAAAUCCUUAAAAAAAAUUUUUUUUUGGGUUUUUUUUGGAAUUUUUUUUUUGGGAUUUGUAUUAAAUUUUACAUUUUGAAUUAAAGUCUUAAGUUCUUUUUCAUUAUUAUUACAAUUAUCUAUUCCAUUAUUAUUCAUUAGAAAUAUUUUUCUCUGAUUAAAAUUGUAACAUCCACGUUUUUCUUCAUGUUUCUUCAAAAAACUUUCAUGUCAAAAAUCAUACACUAAAAUUAUGUGUAAUUAUAAUAAUCAAAUUACAGUGUUACAUCGUUUAAAAAAAAAUAUUUAUAAAGGUGAUUUUUGGCUGAAGUUUUUGUGUACUAAUAACAUAAUUUAAAAAAAAUUAAUUUACACUAAACAAACAGUUCGCUUGCUCAAAGUCUAGUGUAAUGCCGUUUGUCCAUUUGUCACAAAGUUAGCCAAAUGCUAAUAUUAAGUUCUUGUACAAAUUAUUGUUUUUUUAUUAAUUAUUAUUAUUGUAUUGUAAUGCAAUAUUAUAUCUCUUCCGAAUUUGUUAUAGUGCUUAUACGCAAUGUAGAUAGAUGACAUUGAGCCAAGAAUUUAUCCAAAUUUUUUUUAAUGCUGAUCUCACAUCUAUCAAGUUUCCGCCUUAGUAUUUAACAAUCACGGGGAUUCCGAAGAAGGGAAGACUGUUUUACGAUAUUAAAGUCAAACAAUGUAUUGACAUAAAAGUCUUAACAUAGUCUAUACCGUACAUUGAAACGCUUGUGUUCAAUAUGAAAAUCAAAAAUGUUGAAAAACUUUCGUUAUCUGCUUAUUAAUUAUUUUAAUUGAAGCACUGAAUACUUAUACAAAACAGUGACUUUAAUCUAACAUUUACUAAGUUGCAUUUUUUUCAAAACAAAAUAUCUCUAUCUAAGAGCUUCAAUAUUUAAAACCCAUAAUUUGGGCCUUUGUUGGAAUUCGUGUGAAUUAAUUUAUGUUAAUACAUAAAAGUUAGUUUUGUUUACGCAUUUAUGGUGAUUUUCACUACACUAUGGAGUGAUUAACAAAACGCAGGUUGUUUUGGCAUUCGCUACAUUGUCGUUGCGUGCGGUCCGGUCGGCUGAUAGAUGUGCGACCAGCUGAACUUCGGUUGUAAGGGAUUUAAAAGGUCGCCAAUAUCUCUCUAUUUUAAGUAGAAAUGUGAUAUUGUAAUGAUUUUUUUUAGUUAGUUAAGUGUAAACUUAUUUGUAUGAUUAAAUACGAUAUUUUUGUAAGUAACUUUUUUUUCGUUUUACGGAUAGUUUUCGCCUCGAGUAGCGUUCCCGUUUUAAGAUUUUAGAGCAAAAGUGGACGGUAUCUUUUUUGUUACUUAAAAUUGAUUAAAAAUUAAUUACAACUAUGCCAAGAUC